AUGACAUCUCGUGAACUUUCUGUAGAAGGCAUACAAGACCCAUUCCUUGUUAGUGUACAUAUUAUCGCAGACCCAGGAGAAUCCAAGACUCUUCAGCAAGCCAUCGAUAAGCUUCUAGCCUGGAUCCAUCCGGACCUCCAGCUGUUCCGAGUCUCAGAAAGACGAGUGCCCAAGAAGUGCAGGAAGCCAGGUAAGGCUGGUGUUUCUCAGCCAGCCCUUGCCGUCAUUCUGUUUCUGCAGGAGGAAUAUGGAGAAGAACCGAUCUUGCAGCUCCAUGAAACCUUUCAGCGGCCACCUUGGCACUACCACCACACAGAGCGAGUGCAUGGGAAGUUCCUCCCUUACAUGCCAUGCAGCCAGGACUUUUACACUUUGGCUCCAGAGACUCCUCUGUGGGCCAUUCGCCCAGUGCACUACGGGAAAGAAAUUAUCCGCUUCACUAUAUACUGCAGGAGUGAAAACUUUGUUGACAUUUUGAAAUUGUACGAGUUAAUACUGAAAAGACCAGUAUGUCAGAAAAAAACGGACUUUUGUGUUUUUCCUGUCUAUUCUAACAUGGAAAUAGACAUUCAGUUUUCUUUAAAAAAACUUCCGAAGGGCCAGGUGCCAAUGCCGACAGAGUCAGCAGUGCUGGAGUUCAGAGUAAAAGAUGUGGGGCAGCUUGUGCCUCUCUUGCCCAACCCUUGCAGCCCCAUCAGUGAAGGCAGGUGGCAGACAGAAGACCAUGAUGGAAAUAGGAUCCUUUUGCAGCAAGCACGCAGUUGGUGUAGGAAGUCUGCAAAGCAGAACAAGCAACCAUAUCCAUCUGUGUCAACAGAUUCCCGCUUCACCACUCUGCCAGCCUUUCUUCCUCAGAGCCACCAAUCUGUCCCUGAACAACCAAAAGAAAUGGGUCAAAACAAGGUACAUCACGCAAAAGGCCUUGGUCAUCAUCUUGGUUUCUCCCAGCAGGACCUGAGAGACAGUGAUCGAGGAGACUUCACACGCAGAUCCAGCAGUGCCUCCAGCAUUUCAUGUUCAUUUCAACGAAGCAAGUCUCUGUUCUGCUUGCCCACAGUGAACUCCUCCUCAGCCUCAGAGACUUUUCAUUUCAGUGAACCAUUUCAGUUCUUAAAUACUGGGUCACCUGCAACCAGGUUAAAAACAUGGAGAUGCAGCCCCAGGCUUAACAUUGACGACUUGGAGGGUGCCCAGGAGACUGAUGUAGACACAGGGAUGAAGCUGUCCUUCUCAGACCUGUCUGUGGUCUCUGCAUACUCUGCCCUUAAUGGAUUUUGCAAUGACUUGGAAGCCUCUCUUCCCCCACAGAAGCAAACUGUCGGUAAGACUAAAGAGGCAGCCACCAGCGGAAGGCCUGUAUCAGCCAUGUGCAAUACCUUUGAGUCAGUUGAUGGUUCACUGCCUUCUCUCUCUGAAUGGUCUUCCAGCUCAUUCAUGUCAGCAUCUCUCUCCAAGCAGCCCAAACAGUCCUCAAGAGCAGCUUCUUGUUCCCUGGAUGAUCAUGGUAGUGUUUGCCCAGCUUCACCAGCUAACGAAGAAGAAUUUUACAUCUGA